CCACAGCCAAGUAUACCUGGGACUGCUGCCAGGCACACACCAGCCAGCCACUCUGAGCCCAGCCACUGAAAUGCUCCUCCCCAGCCUUCUGCUUCUGCUCUGGCUGUCUGCCAGCCUGGCUGUCCAUAGCCCCCCACUCUGGGGAGGCCACACCCAUGGGACCCCACGCUGCUACUCAGCCGAGGAGCUGCCCCUGGGCCGGGCCCCUGCACACCUGCUGGCCCGAGCUGCCAAGUGGGAGCAGACUUUGCCGGUAGCCCUGGUGUCCAGCCUGGAGGCAGUGGGCCGCAGGAAGCGGCACAAGGGGCCCCCAGCUGGAACCCGGUGCCCGGUGCUGCAGCCUGAGGAGGCACUGGAAGCCGACAUCCACCAGCGCUCCAUCUCUCCCUGGAGAUACCGUGUGGACACGGAUGAGAACCGCUACCCGCAGAAGCUGGCCUUCGCCGAGUGCCUGUGCAGGGGCUGCAUCAGCACCAGGACCGGCCGUGAGACAGCAGCGCUCAACUCUGUCCCGCUGUACCAGAGCCUGCUGGUGCUGCGCAGACAGCCCUGCUCCCAGGAUGCAACAGGGGUGCCCACGCCCGGAGCCUUUGAAUUCCAUGUCGAGUCCAUCCAAGUGCCCAUUGGCUGCACCUGCGUCCUACCCAGGGUGCUGGCCUUGCAGGAGCUGCUGCAGGCCCACAUUCACCAGAAAGGCCUGUGCGUGAACCCCAAGUACAUGCAGGGUGACCUGCUAGUCCAGGGGUAA